UAAAGCUUCUUCUUCCCCUUGCCCUUCCCUUGCUCCAGGGGAAAGAAAAAAACAGAGGAGAAAGGGAGCAGCUUUGCUCCGCGGCGAUCGCCAAGAAGCCAAGGAAGGAGAGAGCAAGCGAGCGAGGUUAGCCAUGGACGCUUCGGCUCUCAACAACCCGCGCCUGCAGGCGCUCCUGGAGGAGGAGAAGAACAAGGCCAUGGCGAACGAGGUUAUCGCAAAGCUGACUGACACUUGCUGGGACAAAUGCAUUACGGGGAGCAUCGGGAGCAGCUUCAGCAACAGCGAGGCGUCGUGCUUGUCCAACUGCGCGAAGCGCUUUAUAGAGGUGAAGAUGGUCACCAUGGGACGGUUUCAGCAGUAACAGACAAGGACCACGUACACCUCCGCACAAGUAGAAAUCUAGUCCUGAAGUUGAUGCUGCAAAACCACUUGACAUGAAUCUACUUUUGUUACUUUUUUUGUUGCUUGUAAAAGACUAUUAUUGGUGAAAUGUUGGCCAAAUAAGGGUAGAUGACGAUCAUUCGUAUCCUGUGUUCUCACUGCUUCUCGCCUGAUGCCUGGUAAGGAGCUUUGGCAAGUUGAGACUUUGAGUUAAGUUGAGCUAAAUGUGUGGCUGAGGUGAGAUGAGUUGGGCCUGUUGUUUCAGUUUAGCAGACACCAUAUGGUGAUACGAUACAAUUUUUGAUUCGUAAUCUUGCA